AUGAGCACUACCACAAAAUCCAACCCUCCCAGACCGCGCACUCUGCGCAGGUUGUCCAGCGAGGAUGCCACAGCUGAUCUUCUUUCGCGUGGCCCCGCCAUCGUCGUACCUCCCCACCUCGUCGACCAGGAAGCCAACGAUAUCGCGGCUUCUAUGGAAUUGGCCAGACAAGAGAUUGAAGCAAUCACUCCUCUUGAGGAUUCUGACACACCCAAGGAGUCGAGUGUCACCGACAGAUAUGCGUACGCCUUCGAUAUCGAUGGUGUUCUGAUCCGUGGUGGACGUCCUAUUCCCGAGGCUAUUGAGGCCAUGAAGGUGCUCAACGGUCAAAAUCAAUAUGGAAUCAAGAUUCCCUACAUUUUCCUUACCAACGGUGGUGGCAAGACUGAGCAAGAGAGAUGCAUUCAGCUCAGCAAGCAGCUCGACAUCGAAGUCUCACCUGGUCAGUUCAUUUGUGGUCACACACCCAUGAAGGAGAUGGCUAGCAAGUACAACACCGUCCUCGUCAUUGGUGGUGAGGGCGACAAGUGCCGUCAGGUCGCUGAGGGCUAUGGCUUCAAGGACGUCGUCACUCCCGGAGACAUCAUCAAGUACAACCCUGACACCACACCUUUCCGCACCAUGACCGAGGAUGACUUGAAGCACUCCCGCGAGCGUGACUUCAAGGACGUCAAGAUCGAGGCCAUCUUCGUCUUCGCCGACAGCCGUGAUUGGGCCGGUGACCAGCAGAUCAUUCUUGAUCUUCUGAUGUCCAAGGGCGGUGUCGUCGGCACUCGCUCCGAGACUUUGGAUGAGGGCCCUCCCGUCUUCUUCUCCCACAACGAUGUCAUCUGGUCCGCUUCUCACGAACACACUCGUCUCGGCAUGGGUGCUCUCCGCGUCUCCCUCGAGGCUAUGUACAAGGCCGUCACUGGUAAAGAUUUGGAGACGGUUGCUUUCGGCAAACCUCAGAUUGGUACUUUCCAGUUCGCCACUCGUCUCCUGCAACACUGGCGCAAGUACACCCACGGUAUUGACGCUCCUCCGGAGACCAUUUACUUUGUCGGAGACACCCCUGAGUCCGACAUCCGUGGCACCAACGAGUUCAACAAGGUCACCGAACAGAACUGGUACUCUAUUCUGGUCGAGACUGGUGUCUACCAGCACGGCACAACCCCUCGCUUUGAGCCCAAGGCCACCGUCCCCAACGUUCUGGAUGCUGUCAUGCACGGUAUCGAGCGUGAGCGCCAGAAGCAGGUUCGCGAGAUUCUCGGGGUCACGCAGAAACUUGAGGGAUCUGCCAUCUCAGACACUCCCAACCCUUCUCGUCCCUCGACUCCUCCCGCUCUCAAGAACUAG